AGACGCCGCGGCGGGGGCGCUCCGGAGUCGCUGCGCCGCUGGCUGGCUGCGUCCCGCGCCCCGCGCCGGAGUCGGGGCCGCCGGGGCUGCUCGGGGCUGCGUCGCCGUCGCCGCGUCCGCGCCGUGCAGUGCUGAACUGCAAGUCGAUCGAUACCAGUAAUUUAAGUCACUUCAGCUCAAAUGGAAAAGUAUGAAAAAUUAGCCAAGAUUGGAGAAGGGUCUUAUGGAGUUGUAUUCAAAUGCAGAAACAAAACCUCUGGACAAGUGGUAGCUAUCAAAAAAUUUGUGGAAUCCAAAGACGAUCCUGUGGUUAAGAAAAUAGCUCUACGAGAAAUAAGUAUGUUGAAGCAAUUAAAACACCCAAACCUCGUGAACCUCAUUGAAGUGUUCAGGAGAAAAAGGAAAAUGCAUUUAGUUUUCGAAUACUGUGAUCAUACACUACUAAAUGAGCUGGAAAGAAACCCAAAUGGAGUUGCUGAUGGAGUGAUCAAAAGUGUUUUAUGGCAAACACUUCAAGCUCUUAAUUUCUGCCAUAAACAUAAUUGUAUUCACAGAGAUGUGAAACCUGAAAAUAUUCUAAUAACUAAGAAAGGAAUAAUCAAGAUCUGUGACUUUGGGUUUGCACGAAUUCUGAUUCCAGGAGAUGCCUACACUGACUAUGUCGCUACAAGGUGGUACCGAGCUCCUGAACUUCUUGUGGGAGAUACUCAGUAUGGUUCUUCCGUCGACAUUUGGGCUACAGGUUGCGUUUUUGCAGAGCUCCUGAUGGGCCAGCCACUCUGGCCUGGAAAAUCAGAUGUGGACCAGCUUUAUCUGAUAAUCAGAACACUGGGGAAACUAAUCCCAAGACAUCAAUCCAUCUUUAAAAGCAACCAGUUUUUCCAUGGCAUCAGCAUUCCUGAACCAGAAGACAUGGAAACUCUUGAAGAAAAGUUCUCAGAUGCUCAUCCUGUGGCUUUGAAUUUCAUGAAGGACUGUCUGAAGAUGAAUCCAGAUGACAGGUUAACCUGUGCCCAACUCCUAGAGAGCCCCUACUUUGAUUCUUUUCGAGAGGACCAAAUGAAAAGAAAAGCACGUAAUGAAGGAAGAAACAGAAGGCGUCAGCAGAAUCAACUGUUGCCUCUCAUACCAGGAAGCCACAGCUCCCCCACACCUGAUGGAAGAAAACAAGUCCUCCAGUUAAAAUUUGAUCAUCUUCCAAACAUUUAGGAAAAUGCACUUUCAAGUGGAAAGUAAUUUAAUACGUGCACACUUUUUAUACAAGAGAGAUAGGGAUUCUCAGUGUUUCAAAUGCAGAUGAGCCAUAUGAAAAUUAAGAUGCUUUCUAGAAUUGUUUUGCUCUGAUCAUUACUGAUUCCUCUGCCCAUGCUUUUUACAUGCCAACUUUAUCUUUUAGAACAUUUUCUUUAAAUGUUAUACAGUCUGAAACUGCACAUAUGGAGGAGACAUUUUCAAUUUUAUCAGAGCAGCUCCUCUUGAGGCAAUUUGUACUGAGAAUCUGUGGGCUUAUACUUGGAUUUAUGAAAAAGGUUUACAUAUGCCAUCUCACUCCAGCUGACCAUGUAAUGUCUCAGAGCAAUAUCAAAUAGCUUGCCUAGCUGUUGUUUGUGUAAGGAACCUCAUUAUGUUUCUGCAUUUUAAUUUACUCUCAUUGUAACCAGGCCUGUUGAGUAAAGCUGGCAUUUAAUUCUGUGUUUUUAUAUUGGUGUAGAAAGGGAACCUCGAAAUGUUGACUAGGUUUAUCCCUUAAUUCCAGGGCAGACUCCACUUUCUCUGUCUCCUAAGACAUUGACGAUUCUAUUUUUAAAGCUAGCUAGAGAAAAAUCCAUACAUUUACAUAGAAAAUAGUGGUGAAUGACAGGGGAUUACCAUCCUCAUGACAUAACGCCCGCCCUCGGAGAAUUCACUGCUGAGUCUCCUGCUGUCCUUUGAUACCUCACUGUUCCUUACCCUUUUCUUCUCCUCCUAAAUCAUCUCAGUACCUAAACCUAGCCUCCAGUAUGUUUUCUAAAUAGUUCACGGUCAACACUCUUCCAAACAUGUGCAUCCAUCUAUAAAUUUUACAGCCCAAAAUUUGUGCAUCAUGAAAAGUCAGGUUUGUAAACACUUCUGAAAGCAAGAAGACCAUCUUUCAGUUAACUUCAUUUUAUGUCUCUUACCCAAAAAAAGGGGCACAAACAAACAAAACACCUUAACAGGUGAGUCUAAUUUAUGUUGGGACACUUUCCCAAGUAAACUUUACUUGCAUACAUAUAUACAUAUAUGUAAAUAUAUGUUUAUAAUUAGAAUUUUUGAAGCAUCAUAGUAAAUGCCUUUUAUCCUGGACAUCUGAAAGUGAUGCAUAAUGUUUGAAAGUACUUUUAGCUUGCUAACAAGGAGCUCAUGCUAAAUAACAGCAUGGGGCUGUAUAUUGCUGUCUGGUGUAAAGGCACAAACUGGUGAUAUUUCUAUCAAUUAAUAUUAAGAUUAUUUCAUUAAUUCUUUUCUGCUCCUGAGUCUGGCAUGCUCCCCCUGAACACUGUCAAAUUUUGUAAAUACACAUAAUUUUAGAAAUUCCUUGUAUCUGGCACCAAGACACCAAGCAUAAAUUGUUUCAAGAAAACACAGUUCCACCUUACGUUCAUCUCUGAAAGUCUGGUGCACAUAUAAAUGUGGUUCUGUAAACUUCCAGACACCCUCAUUCAGUCGCUUGAGUGCAUCUCUUUAUUAGGAAAAAUGGCACCUAAACAAUUGUUCCUUGCUCACUAGAAGGAUAUUUUAAGUGGGCUUAUUUGGCCAUUUAAUGUUCUCAGUGUGAAUGUAAGCUGCUAGGAUCUUCUUAUUUCCAUCUUAUUAACAGAAUAUGCCUCUUCAGAUUUGUAUGUUUCUUGCAUUUUUAGUAAGAUGAUACCACAGGUGCAAGGAAAAUGAGAAAUAAAAAGAUAAGUGGCAACUUUGCUGAACGAUUUGUUUUUAGCUUUCACAGUGGGUUUUUUAUUUUUAUCAUUUAAGUUUUGUGAUUGCCAAACAACUCAUGCUGCUCCAGCUCUCUUAAAUGUGUGUGUGUAUGUGUGUGUGUGUGUAUACAUAUAUAUAUAUGUAAUAUGUAACAUAUAUACACACACAUAUGCAGAAAAUAAGAAGACAGCCCAAGACUCCAUUAUCCAUUUUGUAAUUGUGCUUCAAACAACAGUGGAGUUUUUGGCAGCGGUUAGUAGAGUGUCUUCCCUUAAUUUUUGCUUACAUUUAAGAAUCAAUUCAAGCUAGAUUUCACUCAGUUUUUUCCCUUAGACAAAUUCAUCAUUUAGGUAUCAGUGGGGAGAGGAGAGGAGAAAGCAUCUAAUGCUUAGAAAAAUGUUCUCAUGCACUUCUGUUACCGUGAA